GUGUACGUGCUCAAGCGGCCGCACGUGGACGAGUUCCUGCAGCGCAUGGGUGAGCUCUUCGAGUGCGUGCUCUUCACCGCCAGCCUGGCCAAGUACGCGGACCCCGUGGCGGACCUGCUGGAUAAAUGGGGGGCCUUCCGGGCACGGCUCUUCCGGGAAUCCUGCGUCUUCCACCGUGGCAACUACGUGAAGGACCUGAGCCGCCUGGGCCGCGACCUGCGCCGCAUCAUCAUCGUGGACAACUCGCCUGCAUCCUACAUCUUCCACCCCGAUAACGCU